AUGCAGCUGAGUGUCAUCAAGUUCCAGCACUCCCGACAUCUUACAGACAAGGACUUCACAUGGUUCCUGCAUGAGGAGCAAGAAUACUUUAAUUCUCUCCUCCAAGAGCCUGAGGAGGAUGUUCUUGCAUUCAAGUACCUUGAAACCCUUGAGUCACAGUCAUCUGCAAACUCCAAGAUCUAG